AUGAGAGAUAUUUAUUGUCUCACCUUGCUUGCCAGGGGAUAUAUAAUGGACAUUGUCGGCACAUUUUCUGAGGUUAUUAUUGACCCUUUAAACGUUUGUAGCUGCAAUGUUUCUCCACUUGCGUUGCUUCAAACCGUUGGAUACUUCUCUUGCAAAAUGGCUGAUCGCAAAAUCGAACUUUACUCUCCAGAAUACUACAAGACAUGUGCCAUUGGUGGGUUCAUUGCUUGUGCUCCCACCCAUUCCUCGGUGUUACCUCUAGACUUGGUCAAGUGUAGAUUACAGGUCGAUUCUAGCCUCUAUACGUCCAACUGGGCAGGUAUCAGGUCCAUUGUUAAGAACGAAGGUUUAGCAAAAGUGUUUACGGGAUUGCCUCCAACUUUCAUUGGUUACGGUUUACAGGGUGCCUUCAAAUAUGGUGGUUAUGAAUAUUUCAAAAAGACCUACAGUGACAUGAUUGGCAAGGAAAAUGUGUGUGUGUUCCUAGCAGCCUCUGCAUCUGCAGAAUUUAUUGCAGAUCUGUUCCUUUGUCCUUUUGAGUCCAUGAAGGUCAAAUACCAGACAACUAUCCCUCCUAAGAAAGUGGUGGACUUGACGAAAAACUUGUAUUCCGGUUUGGUGCCUCUAUGGUUUAGACAGAUCCCUUAUACUAUGGUCAAGUUCACAACCUAUGAGAAAAUCGUCGAGGCAAUCUAUGCUAGAUUAUCCAAGCCAAAGGACGAAUAUACUAAAUUACAGCAAACAGGUGUCUCUUUCCUAGGUGGUUAUAUUGCGGGUAUUUUCUGUGCAACGGCUUCCCAUCCUGCAGAUGUCUUGGUGAGUAAAAUUAACAACGAUACUAGGCCAGGUGAGUCAAUUGGCCAGGCAACUAAGAGAAUCUACAACCAAAUCGGCUUUGUCGGGUUAUGGAACGGUUUGCCGGUGAGAAUCCUUAUGAUUGGUACUUUAACUGGCUGUCAAUGGUUGCUCUAUGAUUCCUUUAAAGUUUACGUUGGUCUACCAACCUCCGGUUGA